GAUGGAAUUUUUUUUGUCUGUGAAAAAGUGUGGUUAUGCAGUUGGAAUCCAAUUAGGAAAAAGAUAAAUAUGAAUUUUUGCGUCUAAAAAUAAACUAAAGAUUUCUGUGAAAAUUUCCGCGUGAUUUGAGAAAGACCAUUGUGUGUGAAAUAUCAAACGGGAAGAGGUUUUUUCUGGUGUGGUGUAAAAAAUGGGAAAGGGUCAGAAAGCAAAGAAGCUCCCGGUAAACAAACGCAAUGAAUUGGCCAAAUGCAUUGAUCAAAUCUUGAGCCACGGCUUCAAAACAACCACAAAUUUGUCUGAACAGUGGUCACAGUACGUGGAAAUCCGAUCUCUGUUGGACCGUGUCCAGAGCAUUGAGUCGGAUCUGAAGGUAAAGAGUUCAAGCAGCAAAAAUCGUGUUGGAUGCAUUGAGAGCUUCUGCAAUUGGGCACGCGAUAAUGGAGCACAUUUCGAUGGAGUCAAGAUAAGUGAGAUACCUGGCUAUGGCAUGGGAUUGGAAGCGACUAAGGAAUUUGAUGAGGGUGCUGUGUUUAUAAGCAUCCCUAAAAAAUUGCUAAUGGGUUUGGACAAUGUGAGCACUGCAAUUGCUCCCAUGAUGUCCGAAAUGCCCAUGAUACAGUCAAUGUCCAACAUCAAGCUUGCCUUUUCUCUCCUUGUGGAGAAACUCAAUCCCAAUAGCUUCUGGAAGCCCUAUAUAGAUAUUCUUCCCGAGAAGUACUCCACCGUGAUGAACUUCUCAUCCAGUGAGAUGCAGGAACUCAAAGGAAGCAGUGCACUGUCCUCAGCUCUUGUCCAGUGCAAAAAUAUCGCCAGGCAGUACGCAUUUAUCCGGAAGUACAUCGAUAAUAUCAAAGAGGAGGGAUUCGAUACCACUCUGCUGACGCUCAAAGAGAGAUUCUCAUUUGAUCUUUACUGUUGGGCUGUUUCGACUGUCAUGACACGCCAAAAUCUCGUCCCAAUGCAUAUAACAGACAAGGGAGAGACACAGACUCAUAUGAGUCCAGCAUUGAUCCCACUAUGGGAUAUGGCAAAUCAUGCUCAUGGAAAAAUCACAACAAUCUACAACGCUGAAUCUGACUGCAUUGAGAGCUCGGUUCUGGGAAAAUGUCAGCGAGGAGAGCAGAUUUUCAUUUUCUACGGGCCCAGAUCAAAUGCAGAUUUUCUCAUUCAUAAUGGAUUUGUUUAUCCUAAAAAUGAGCACGAUACUGUCCCUAUUCGUUUGGGGCUGAGCUCAAUGGAUCAGCUGGUGAAUGAGAGAUCAGAAUUGCUGAAGGCACUUGGAAUUGUGGUGUCAGGAGAAUUGAAUCUCCUGCCGGCACCUCAAUUCAUCUCACCUGAAUUGCUGGGAUUUGUGCGUGUGUUCAAUAUGAACAAGGAACAACUGGAUCACUGGCUGUCUAGUGACAAAGCCACGGAUCUUCUUCAUGCUGACUGUGCCUUGGAGACCGCUUUGGAGAUAAAAACAUGGAAAUUCCUCGAGACUCGUCUAACUCUCCUUCUCAGAUCUUUCCCUACGACACUGGAGGAGGAUUUGGCACUUCAGAGUGGCCCCAAACUUGGGCACAUUCGCAACAUUUUGCUGCAAUUUCGCAUUGGAGAGAAGCAAAUACUCCGGGAUGCACUCGAAUAUGUUCAGCAGAGGGUUAAGAGUUAAAAAAAAUGAACAACUUUUAAAGCUUAAAGGAACACUAAAUGUCUUCUAUGUCCGAUAUUUAUCAAAAAGAAAAUUUAAAGAUUUUAUUUAUUAA